CAGAAUCCAGUCUGAGUUAGAACCCCCUCGAUCCACUCGCUGCCCUUUCUCGCUCCUCAAAAAAUGAGCCAGUCUCAACUUUCACUUGAAAGCAGAAAACCCAAAGAGAAAGUUUCCUUUAUUUCCACGACCUGCCAAGACGGCCGUGUUCUAAAACAAUUGAAUAUAACAACCUCCUCGUUUGAAUUGCAUUACAUUACGCAACCUAAAAUCUAAAACAAGGCGAAUUUUUGUGUGGAGGAGUAAAAGCAAAAUUUUUCGUGACAAGUGUCAAGACUGCGAAAGACAGAUUUUGUUUAUCCACCAACCAGUUACGCUGAGAGAAGAAGAAAGCGUACUUCACAAAAAAAGUUGUGUUUGACGAUUUUGUGACAUUGAGAUUUAAAUUGAAUAAGAAAAUCUUGAUUUUCUUGUGACGAAUAUAAUAAUUUUCUCAAAAACAUUGUCACCAUUCGCAGAUGUAAAUGAAAGGCAGAAAGUGAGACCGCGUCUCAGAUUUCCUUCGCAUUUCUUCUCGACUCGUGUCAAACACAGUGGGCGAGACUUUGACGGAUUCAUUAAUCUUGAAUUUCAAUAAUAUUGCAAUCUGAUCCCUGACUGACUGGCUGGCACUUUUUUCUCGCACUUUGUCAAAACUCGGAAUUGUCGCAUCCCACCCAGAGACGAGAAACUGCGACGUGUCUCAAUUUCGGCAUCAUCAAAGACCGACUCAAGUGAAGGAACAUGCUGCAGAACAAAUUUCCAGAUCGAGCCAUCCCAUCUUAAGAAGAGGAAGAGGAAGGGAAAAACAUCCGAUCUGGUGAUUACUCACGGAGACUGAGUCCAUUUAAAAAUCAGGAGGAAACUAACUUGAGAUUGCUUUCAUCCAUGAGCAUUCUUUGUUACGCGAUUCCGUUUACCACUUUGGCUGAGACCUUUCUGGACUGGAUAUUUGCUACCUACUGCAUAUUUGAUGGGCCGUUGAAAGCUUUUGGUGGCGAUACUCUCUGGAGACGACGAUGAUGUGAAGUGACGUUGAUUUACUCCAAGGCUUUCUCAAUAUUGAAGCAUCAGAACAGUCAGCGAUGAGCUGAGCUGAGAAACCACUCGAGAAAUACUUGCUGCUUGUGAAAUUACUUCUUCUCAGGAAAAUGAAUGAAUCUCACGUCCUCCUUCCGGUGGAUUACCACGUCCACUCCCACAUCCAAGAAAUGAUGGCCAACUGUUCCCUGUCGGACCCCAACUCGACUUAUUUUCAUGAAAACUGCGAACCCACGGGGUCCGGUCAACCAUGGUGGAUUCACAUGAUUGUACAAAUUCUUUACGGGAUUGUGUGCUGCGUGGGCUUGUGUGGCAACAGUUUGGUCAUCUAUGUCGUCGUCAGGUUCUCCAAGAUGCAGACAGUGACGAAUCUCUACAUCGUUAAUUUGGCUAUCGCAGACGAGUGUUUCCUCGUCGGCAUCCCUUUCCUGAUGACGACAAUUGGCUUAGGGUACUGGCCCUUUGGCAAUAUUGUAUGCAAAGCGUACUUCACCUCGACUUCCAUCAACCAAAUAACCAGUUCCAUGUUUCUCCUGAUUAUGUCUGCGGAUCGAUAUUUGGCAGUUUGUCAUCCAAUCAGUGCUCCAAAAUGGAGGACACCGCUGAUCGCCAAAUUUACAGCUUUGACUGCUUGGACUCUCUCAGCCCUGAUCAUGGUUCCCAUCUACAUGUACGCAAACACUCUGGAAAUUGACAACAAGAUCAACUGCAACAUAUUUUGGCCCAGUUCGGAAACGUGGACGGGAGAAUCGAUCUUUAUCGUGUAUUCAUUCAUCAUCAGUUUCGCUGUUCCCCUCACCCUUAUCAUGAUCUUCUAUGUCUUCGUAAUCUUGAAACUGAAAACUGUGGGUCCAAAACGGCGUCCACCUCCGACGCCGUCGAACCAGAAUUUGCCAUCCUCCGCCGCCACACCCACAAUUGCUCUCUCUGCUGAUCGGAAACAUUCCGCUGACCCGGUCCCACCACCGGCUCCGUUGGUCAACCACCUGACCCCGCAACAAGCUUCGAGGGCCAGAGACAGGAAAAGAUCACAUCGCAAAGUUACCAAAUUGGUCCUCACCGUCAUCACAGUCUACUUUGUUUGCUGGGCUCCGUACUGGGCCACUCAGUUAACCCUGAUUUUCAUGCCACACGACUCAAAUCAUUCCGAGACCAUGUUGACGCUAUUUCUUCUCGCUGGUUGCUUCUCAUACUCGAAUUCCACAAUGAAUCCAAUUCUGUACGCGUUCCUGUCGGACAACUUCAAGAAAAGUUUUCUCAAGGCAUGCACCUGCGCCAAGGGACAGUUCUUUGGAUGGAGAUCUCCGCCGCCAGUGGAAAUUACUCAGGCCACGACUGUCGAGCAGUCCAGUCCUGGACGAGAGUCCGUCCAUGCCGUCGGAGUCGUCGGUGGUGGCGGCGAGGAGGGGAAAGAAGUUUGGGACGAUUUGGAUCUAGAUUUGGAAGAUGAGGGGUGCUUAGCAUUGGGAAUGGAUUUUCAAAAGGACAUCCCACUCGUCCUCUUGUCUCAACCGCAACAACAGCAAAAUCAACAUUUCUAAAAGCGUGACUAUGUUGGCAAUGAUAUGUUAAUGAGAUAUAUAAGAAACUGGAGAUGGAGAAAGUGUGGGUGGGUGGUCAGACAGACAGAUACCGGUUUCUUCUCCCACUUUCUCCAACCAGACAGACUUAUGUAAUAGUGUAGUCACGUGGAGGAGGAAAAAAUCGAAACAACAUUAAGUUUGUACAUACAUAAUUAUAACUUUAAUUAGUAAUUUAACUAGAAAAUUUUUAGUAUGUACAUAUAAUUUGAGGUCACAUUUUCUUGUCACGUGCAUACAAACAUAUUUCACCAAACCAAAUUAGUAUACGCCUUUAAAUGUUAUUUUCGUCGCUUCCCCAAGGAGUGGAAUUGAGGAGUGCAAAUUUUCCUAUCUACGUCGACAACAAGUGCCCGAGUGGAAAAUGAAUGUAUGGUGCGUGGGCAAGGAAAUUUCCGAAACGAAACUCAUUAUUUUGAGUAGUUGGCUUAAAAAUUGGAGAUAAACAAUUUUGACUGCACAGUCCUUGUUUUUCUUAAGCUGAUUGGAGUGCAGUGGUGAAAGUCACCUUUAGAAACAAAGUUGUUGGAAGAGAGCUCUUCUCAAGAACUUUCUAUCUGCCUUCGAGUGGUUCUUUACCACAACAACCGCGACGAUAAUUGGGCAAGACUUUGGUACAGAAUAAGAAGCACUCCAUUAAGUUAAACCAAUCGACUCAAGGAUAAGUAGGGACGAGUGAGUAGGUUGGAGAAAGCAGGCAGCAUAGAAAUGCAUAAGCCCAACCAACGUGUAUUUAAGUAUGUAGGAGUUUUGCUGCUGCCGUCGCACAGCAGGAAGCAGGGAUUUAUAAUGGAUUUGUUUUUUUGCAUAACAAAAUUGUUUUAGGCAAUCUUGCAAGAGAGACGAGGAAAAAAAAUAUUUCAUUCCGAGAAGUGAAAGCAAAUCAAAUUUUAAAUAGGGUGAGUUUUUUGUAGGAUUUCUUAGAGUCAGAGUCAGACAUUUUUUGUGUGUCGCUAAUGUGAUUUAUUUGACGAAGGUUUGCAUUCUCUGAUUAUUUAGAUAUGUAUGAAUAUUGCGGAGGUGUCUAGUUUGACGCCUACAAGCAUAAAGCAUUUUCCAAUUACGAGGAAAAUUCUCAGUUAAUUAACUAUAAGACCAAAAAAACAAAGUGUAUGAUAAACUAAAUAUGUAUUAAUUAUGGACAAUAUUGUAACCAUCUUACGCACAUCAACUGAACCAAUUGUUGCAUACAUUCAUAACUCUUAACUACUUAUUAGAAAAAUAUGUAACAAAUUAUUUAGUAUUUAGUCAACCAAGAUUGUCACCAGCAAAAAAAACCAGUAACGUGUCAAGUUACCUAUUUAUGUAUCUAUCUACGUCAAAUUCUAUAUAUCUCAUGCUUACAGGACGUGAAUGCACAGCUCCACAUGGAAAAUUCGGUCUUUCCUCGGGGGAAGAAAUCCGAAAAAGGGAAUCGAAAAGGGGUCGUGCCAUCCGGCACGUCGGGGGCACUGACGGGU